AGCUUUUGUCACUCAGCAUCCCUGCCCUGCUCGAAUCUCACUGAAUUCUGACUCAUUCAGUGGUUAAMAGCAGCAAUAUUUGGUGUUUUGCCAAAUCACCUCCUGAGAUGUUCCUGGCCAGAGGCAGAGCUCAGUUCAGGGCUCACAAACGUUGGUUUCGCCACUUCUCCCUCUCUCUCUCUCUCUGUUCCUGUUUCUCAGCAAAAUAAAAACCUUGCAUGAAGUAAAAAAACACAAGAAACAAGACAAUGGGCUCUGCUACAACUCAGAUGGAAGGUUUUUUUUUUUUGGGAAGAACCUGUCAGUGAGCCUGGAGCAUUGCAUGGUUUGGAAAUCCAGUUUGGGAGGCAUUUUGAGGGUUUUCCAUUGGAAAAUGUCAUAGCAAAACUAAGAAUAGGAAUUAACUGGCAAAGGAGAKAAAAGCAGAAUCUCUCCUGAAGAACAAAUGGGCUGAAAUCUCUGCUGUGCCUGACUAAGGCUCAGGACUAAUCCUGGAUUUAUCACCAAUACUGGAGUGUCCAGAUCAGCGCUGGGGAAGCCAAUACACAUUCAGAUUAUUGCAACAUUUGAUAUUUCUUCAAUCCCAUUAUGUCAUGAGAAUGUCUCCGAGGCCUGGUUUCACAGGAAGUGAGAUUUCCUGCCUUGCUGGUCAGCAGAAUGGGAAGGCAAAUCUCCAGCUGCAGCUGAACUCAGAAUGGCCUCAGGAAARACCCCAACCCCAGACCUGCUGAAGGCUGAGGAGCAGCAGACAGUGAGCGCUGUCAAUCGAGUCACCAACCUGCCCUUGCUCAAUUCUGCCUUCAACMUGGUCUCCUCUGCCUACAACCAGACCAAGGAGUGCCACCCCUGUCUCAGUGGGGUGUGCAGUGUGGCUGAGACCGUGGCUGCUGUGGCUGUGGGCAGCGUGGUCGGAGGAGCUCAGCCCUUGUUGAGCCAACUCGAGCCCCAGAUUGCCCUUGUGAAUGAAUAUGCCUGUAAAGGUCUGGAUCAGCUGGAGGAGACCCUGCCCUUCCUGCAGCAGCCAGCAGAUAAAGUCAUCUCAGACACCAAGCAGCUGGUGACCACCAAGGUGACCUCUGCUAUGGACGCUGCCUGCGAGGCCAGGGARGCGAUGGCUGAUAAAGUCACGGAAGCUGUGGACCUCACUAAAAAUGUUGUUGGGGACAGUGUCAAACUGACCAGGUCUGUGGUCACCUCCACUGUCAGCAGUGCUGUGGAGGCUGCCCAGGGWGCCAAGGAGCUGGUGACCAACAAGGUGACAGAGGCCGUGGAUGUCACCAAGCACAUGGUGGAGGACAGCGUKGACAGGACCAAGUCUGCUGUGGCCUCCACRAUUGUCAACGCYGUGGAGGCCGCUCAAGGGGCCAAGGAGCUGGUGACCASCAAGGUGACAGARGCUGUGGACCUCAGCAAGCACCUGGUGGAGGACAGUGUGGACAGGACCAAGUCUGCUGUGACUUCCACCAUCACUGCRGCUGUGGGRGCUGCCCAGGGWGCCAAGGAGCUGGUGGCCACCAAGGUGACAGAUGCUGUGGACAAGGUCACCAAAGCUGUGGAUGUCACCAAGCACAUGGUGGAGGACAGUGUUGACCUGACCAAGUCUGCAGUGGCCUCCACGAUUGUCAGCGCUGUGGAGGCCGCUCAAGGGGCCAAAGAGCUGGUGACCGACAAGGUGACCAAGGCAGUGGACCUCAGUAAACACAUCGUAGAGGACAGUGUUGACCUCACCAAAUCUGCUGUGGCUUCCACGAUUGUCAACGCCGUGGAGGCUGCCCAGGGUGCCAAGGAGCUGGUGACCAGCAAGGUGACAGAGGCYGUGGAUGUCACCAAGCACAUGGUGGAGGACAGCGUUGACAGGACCAAGUCUGCUGUGGCCUCCACCAUCACUGCAGCUGUGGGAGCWGCCCAGGGAGCCAAGGAGCUGGUGGCCACCAAGGUGACCGAAGCAGUGGACCUGACCAAAGGGGCUGUUCAGGACAGUGUUGAAAAGACCAAAUCCGUGGUCACCUCUACGGUCAGCACAGCUCUGGAUGCUGCCUACGGCACCAUCAGCAGCAAGAUCAGCACAGCCCUGGAGCAGGGCAGGGAGGCUCUCCAGGAUGGUGUGGAGAUGACCAACUCAGUAGUGACCAACAGCAUCAGCAAAGCCAAGGCAGUGAGCCAGGCAGUGGCUGGAGGUGUGGAAUCUGUCCUGGGAAUGUCAGAGGAUCUGGUGGAUCAUUACCUGCCRAUGACCGAGGAGGAGCUAGGUAAACUGGCCGCCACGGCGCAGGGGUUUGGCGUGGCCUCCGUGGAGGAGCAGAAGCAGCAGCGGAGUUAUUUUGUGCGCCUGGGCUCGYUGUCGGGCAGGGUCAGGCACAGAGCCUACCAGCACUCGCUGGCCAAGCUGCAGAGCAUCAGGCACCGCACCCAGGACACCCUCUCACGRCUGCAGCUGGCAAUAAAACUGAUUGAAGCUGUGAAACAGGAGGUUGGUCAGAAGCUGCUGGAGGGGCAGGAGAARCUCCAUCAGCUGUGGGUGGACUGGAGCCUGACCCAACCCAAAGGAAACCAAGUCAGAACGGCCAGGCAGCCCGAGGUGGAAUCGCGCACUCUGRCCAUGCUGCGCAUCAUCACCCAGCAGCUCCAGCCCGUCUACGAGAACCUCAAACUCAGCAUCCACGGCCUCCCCAGCAACAUCCAGCAAGCUGUGGCUCGGGCCACUCGGCACAUCCACAAGCUCCACGGCUCUUUUUCCACGGCUGUGUCCUUCCAGGACCUCUCAGGAACCACUCUGGCCAGGAGUUGGGACCGCGUGGCAGAAGCCCGGAGGUCCCUCGAUGUCCUCUUUGAGUACAUCACUCACAACACCCCUCUGAACUGGAUUGUGGGGCCCUUCAGGGCCAUAGCCAAGGUGGCACAGGACAGCAGAAAGCACACGAAGAAAGAUGUGAGGACUGAUAGAAAAUUCCCCAAGGAAACGGCUCUACCRUCAGAGGAGGUGACAAAGGCACCUGAAGAGCCAAAGGGCACCAACAGRCUCUCAGAGAAAUGGUAUGAAGUGCUAGAGCAGCUGGAGGACAUGAAAGGGAACCUGAAGGAGACAAAAGGGAACCUGGAGGAGACAGAAGGGAAGCCAGAGAAGGCAGGGAACCUGGAGGAGAAGGCAGGGAGGCCAGAGGAGAAGGCAGGGAAGGUGGAGGAGAAGGCAGGGAAGGUGGAGGAGAAGGCAGGGAAGGUGGAAGAAAAGACAGGGAGGCCAGAGGAGAUGGCAGGGAACCUGGAGAAGGAAGGGAACCUGGAGGAGAAGGUAGGGAGGGAUACAGAGGUGGCCCUGGCUGUAAAGAAAGCAAAAACCAGUGCACCAGAGGAAGAUCUCUGGUAAAUCCCAGCUCUUUUGGCCAAGGCUCYUUGGCUAGAACAGCACUGGAUCUUUUAAUUGUGUGCCCACUUGUGSCACAAGUGCCUCUGCUCUCUGAGUUUAUGGUCAGAUGUGGUUGUAAGGAGGUUUGAUAACCAAGGUGGGGAGAUUCUGAAUCUUGAUUUACUGUUUUUGAAUCACACUGCUGUGCUGGGAGAUGGGGACCUGCACUUCAGCUUUUUAACUCAGUGGCUAAUUCYUGCUGAGACAAGUUGUGGGAGAGAAGAAGUGAUCUCCACUGAUUUUUAAUGCUGGAUUUGUUUUUAAUUUGCCCAAGCUGUGGAAAUCUUGAGAAGAUGCAGUGCUUAUCAUCUUCCACCUUSUCCAGGUUUAAAAAUCCAAGUUCCAGAUACAAAUUCCUUUGUGGCUGUUGUGCUUCCAGGAAGGCUAGGCCCUGCAGCACAUCUGGGGGCAAGGAGCUGCUUCCCAAGAAGAGAUUUCUCUUCAUGGAUCAACCAAAMACUUCUUCCUUCAUGGAGAAACACUUGGCAGGCUGGGGUUUCUUUAAUGAGCUUUGCUAGUUCUGUGAAUGACUUCAGGGAUCACCUCUCUGUAACUCUACGUGUGAAACACUUCACACCCAUCAAACAAGGCAGUUUUUUCCCAGGAGUUACUCUGCUAUGGGAUUAGGAUAUCCCAUUACUCAAAUAGGCAGGAUUUUAAUCCAGGUGCUGGUUCUUCCCCAGCAAACACUACGCUGUGGUAAUUUCUAAUGUAAUUUAUUUUGUUAACUUGUGUCCUGGCAUUGUCCCUGUGCCAGGGCUGCUGAGCAGACCUUGGAAUAAAGCGUGACCCUCAAA